CGGUUCAUUCUAUUAGAGACAGUACCUUCAAUAGUUCAAAAGUUCUCCAACAUCUCGCAACCUAAAGUAAAACCCCCACCCCGCAAUACGUUACCAUGAUAUCCACGAACGACUCAGCACCCACCUGGUUCCAGUGGGCCUCGGAUCAGCGCUCCCUUUGGGAAGUGAUAUCUCGCAGUAAUUGCAGCCACGUGGGGCCCACAAUCGGCCCGCUGGUGACCCUGAAGGAUCGUCCUGGUGGCGCUGUCGCAGGAAGUGAAUUAGUAUCUGUUGGAACGAUGCUUUCUUCGGCCCAGCUGGGACUGCUGACGGGAGUGCUGAUGAUUCUGUUUAUACGCCACAAAUUGACCCGAUUGCGAGAGGAAUCUGCCGAAUCCAAGGCGUACAAAUUCUUGAAGCAGCUCAACAUGGCAGAAGUCCGACGAUUCCUGUUCGUUUUGGUGACUUUUUUGCAGUUUGUCAUUUUAUCUCCGAUUUUGCUGUUGGUUUUCUUUGCCUUCUGGUUAUACCGAGGGGUGGUAGGGAUCAUCCUUAGCUGGCGUCAUGGAGCGCACUUUAUGGGUCUCCUCGACGGAGCGGACGUCGUGUGGGCCAUCGAGCGGGAUAACUCACGUGGUAUGAUCAACAUUAUGGCUUAUAUUGAAGAGGCUGCUGAUGGUCAGGACAGCUCGACCAGUGCUGAAAUGCUGCUGGUUCUGAGGAAGCGGAUUUCCUCGAGGUUGAUGGGAGCCAUACGAUCUCAUCCGAAAAUGUUUUGGCUUCGCAAGCUGGAGCUCGGGUACUACUACUGGAGCGACCUGUCUGACCUGACAAUUGAGGAUUACAUUCGCUACCUGGAGUACAUUCCACUCGAGUCGGACGAACGCUACAUCGACGAGCGGAAACUGCGCAGUCUAAUGAGUGAAAUCAAUAAUCGAUAUUUGUUGCGAAGCCAUACCGCUUCCUGGGAGAUUCUGGUUGGCCGACAACCACUGCUGGACGAGAAACGCAACGUGUUACGUUUCCCCGUCAUAUUCCGUGUGCACCACUCUCUUGGAGAUGGCGUUGCACUGCUCCGUCUACUGCUGGAGAGCAUCGUCGACAAGGAGGUACCAUCCCGUUGGAAGCGACUUUCCAACUUUAAGGCGAUGAACCUCGAGUACCGAAUCCAGCAGAACGCCAAUCGCUUCCUCCAGCAGCGCAGUCUGAUCGAGAAGCUCUACCAGCGGAUCCCAACCGCUCGACAGAUCUACACCUGGAAGCGACACCAGCUUCAGCUACUUUGGACCAUCUUCACCGCUCCGGCCUUCUUCCACGACGUGUCCGCCCGUGCCGUCGACCACAACUGCAUCCAUGCCAGCGAGCUCUCAAACCAGAAGGUCGUCAGCUGGAUCCACGAGGAAGAACACAGCGAUACCCACUGGGUUGAAGUCAUCAAGCGAACCAAACAGCAACUCCCCGGUGCACGAUUCUCCGACGCAUUCCUCACGGCCCUUUCAAGCAGUCUGCAGAAAUACCUCAGCCGGAAGACGGAUCAAGUUCCCGAAGACAUCACCGUCGUCCUCCCAACCAGAGUCGAGCGGGAAUCUCCCCAACUGAAACUCCACAACAAAUUCUCGGUUGCACUCCAAACAUUACCGAUCACUUCCGGCAUCGACCUCAGCGAUCCAAACCGCAUGCAGACCCUAAUGGCCCGCCUGAACGACGUCAAGCGGCACUCGGAUGCGCUGCGAUCGUCCCCGGACUACAUGAUCAACUACUGGAUCAUGAACACGGUGGCGUGCCUCUUCCCGGACAACCUGCUGCGGAAGAUCCUCAACAGUGCCCACAGCACGAUGGCCAUCUCGAACCUGCCCGGGCCCCAGCAGAAGCCCCAGAUCAACGGACGCGAGCUGAAGAACCUGAGCUUCUGGAUCCCGAACAUUGGCCAGACGGCGGUCGGGCUGACGCUGCUCACGUACGGCGGAAGGCUGCAGCUGGGCAUCCUGGCGGAUCGGGCGGUCAUCGCGACCGAGGACGACGCGCACUCGAUUCUGGCGGAAACUAUUGCUGAGAUUGAGCGCAUGGACGUGGUGCUGAAGGGGGAGUAGAGAAGGGGGUAGAGGGUAGAGGGAGCAUGCAAGACUGAGAGGAGUGAGGUGCGAUUUUUUUGAAUUUGUUUGUCUUGUUUACAAUUCAUGUUUAGUGAUUUUGUCGGAAUCGCGGAUUUACGGUUAAAAAGUGAUGUCUAUUUGUUAAUUUGUCUAUUUUGUUAAAUAUUUAUUGUUUUUCUUUGGUAGAUUGAUUCAGGACAUUGUUCUUGUUCAUUGUUUGUGAUUUGCAUAAGUGCUGUGGUUUCAAUAAAUAAAGUUUAUUGUAAAAAAAA